AAGCAAAUCAAUUCUACGAGGUAGGACAAUUGCUUGGUCUAACAAAGAUGGAUCUUCAACACAUAAAGCACCGGACAUUCUGCAACCAGAAAGAUGCUAACCUCCAAAUGCUUUAUAAGUGGAAGUCAUCCCAAAUAUCGGCAGAGAAAGGCAUGCAGACUCUGAAACUUGUUUGGGAAUCAAUACAAGCAGUAGGAAAAACAGAAAGCUGCGAAGAUUUCAUGGAUAAAGGAGAUUCCGCUCGUCUGGACCAAGUUCCUGCAGAGGACACUAUACCAUGUGGACCUACCUACGAAUCAGAGGAUAUGGACUCAUACACUGAAGUGGAUGCUCGCGGUGGAUCCGGGGGUGGAACUCCGGUGAAAUAUGAGAAUUCUCACGAAGAUCCCGACUUACAUGGCGGAAUGUCAAACACAGAAGAGCUUUGCAGCGUUGCCCGUCCGGUAAAAAGUCUCUCACAAGUAUGUCUACUUGGGAAAUCACUUUGUCUGGGUGAUGACGUCAUUCUUGAGAUCAUAGAUCUACAAAGACUGUCAGUGCUUCAUAGCAUCGCACGGCAGAUUCUAGACAUUUGGUGGCAUGGUUUGAAAGAGGACGAAAGGAAAGAUCAGAGUUCAAAGCUGCUUCUCGAAUACAACAUUACAAAAAUCAAAGAAGGUCGUGAAGAUGUCCUGGGCGCUAUUCGGUCCACCGCAGACCUACUGACCUUGUGUCAUCGAGUAACGGUGAAUUCUUCGAGAGUUCUGCAGAUCAUGAACGCAUCUGUAACUUCUCUACCGUCUUACGUCAUCGGUCGUGUGGUUAUGAAGAUGCUGAACCAAUGGUUGCAGAAAUGUGGAACCAGAGAUAGACUUCUGGCAAUUGCUCAGGCGUUUCGUUUCAAUGACGCAGCCAAAAUGAUAGCAGAAGCACUCGGAUCGCAACCAAGCUACCCAAACUUCAUCUCGCACUGCAACGUUGACCACAGAGGAGGAACCCUGGCCCUCGAUCAACUUGGUGUCACUCUAUCUAUUCCCGAAGGAGCUAUACCAAAAGGAAUGAGAUCGGUUGUGACCCUUCAGGUAUCAACUCAUGAUGCUCCUAGGAUUCCCCUCAGAGACGGUGAGGUCCUGGUUACCCCAGUCAUAGAGACUUCCCUCACACAAGAACUACUCAAACCUUGCAAAGUCGUACUACCACACUGUAUCAGUCUCCGGGGGAGAAGUGAUGACUGUUCUACCAUUCUCCACACCAAAACAAAACCAAGGACUUUCGGUCGGAGGAGCCUUACUAGGGGUACAUCACAUACCGCAAAAUCUGAGAUCGUGUUUCAUACACGUCAUCUUCAAGUCUUGGCUCUGUCUUCUAGCGAUAGUCCAGGAGUUCAGUUAAGAUGUGUCGUCUUCCAGCCAAUCAUCUUGACUCCAGAAGAGGAACCACGUUUACGCGUCUACAUAGUUCAUCCCUAUAGGAUAUAUAUGAAGCAUAUAAGCCGAAAUGAAAGGAAUUCAUCUGUUCCCUACUGUCAAGUCCAGAAGGAAUUCCAGUUCUCAAUACAGCCAACGUCAAAGCACCUGAAGAUUAUACUCCAGGAUGGAGGAAAAGUACAGAAAAGAAUGAUGCAGAUUAAAGGUAUACUGAGUGGAGAAUGCGAUCCUCUGAUCUUCAAGCUGCAGUUCUCUGCUGAAGAGAAAGGCAACAAGGACUUGAACAUUACCAUCCAAGAAGAUCUCAAACGAACAGCAGAAAAACAAGUUUCCAUCUCUAUAGAAGAUGAACCAGAUUAUGCUGUCGACAACAUCACGGAUACGCAUCAACAUUUUGCAUCUAAUAAUUUGCUUGAGGUACUUGCCGAUGUGAUCCAUAAACCGAAAGACUUGACAUCUCUUGGCUACCAACUUGGCUUCUCGCACCAAAGUAUGAGGAAAUAUAAUGAUCCAGCUGACGUUUCCUUUGAUAAAAUCUCAAGAUCAGGCUUGAUUGAGAUGCUACGUGAGUGGAGACGGAGGGUCCGACCAAGUGAGCAGGUAGAGGAACUUCAUCUGGCCUUGCAGAACGCUGGUCUAGAAUAUGUAACAGACGUGAUCCUUCGAGAAAUGGGCGGUGCCUCUAAGAAGAAGUUUGAACAACUCAAACAAGAAUGGGAGACAAGAAGUAAGAAGAUUAGUAACUAAACUGUCGAUGAUCUUCCAACAACCAGGAAGGACUUCGCAUGAAUUAUAUAUUGAGUACUACAAUGGAGCGGAAUAAAAUCGCCUGCAUAUUCUUCAUUCAUGUUCGACAUCCUGGUAGACAAGUUG